AUGUCGGCCUCAGCGCCCUCCUCCCUCCCUCCGUCGAACGGUAGCCCAGCUGUCAAGGCCGACAUGCCCUUCCAACUCGAGAUCAAAUUCGACACAGUCACGUCCAAGACGGAACCGAAGCAAUUUGUUCAGCUCCGUGCAUUAUCCACCGUUCGGGAGCUCGCCUUCGCAAUCGACUGCGAGCUCGACGUUGAGGCCCAUCGAAUUCGUCUAGUGACCAUGGGAAAGACAUUGUACAAUCAUGGGGCUAUCAACGGCCAUGUCAACGAAGACAGAACCCUCUGUUCGCUAGACAUCAUGGUCAAUCAUGUCAUCUGGGUCAAGCCAUGCGACUCAGACUUGAAGGUCGAAGUGCUGUAG